AUGUCUGAAAUUAAUUCAAAUUCUUUGCUUUCUGCACUUCCAAAACUUCCUACAGAGGUUGAUACCAAAAUUUUUAAAUCAAAGCUUCAAGAAACACAAGAUCUUCUUUUUCGAAUUCUUCAAAAACAGGAGAGUAAAGAAAUUUUUGCAGACUAUGUUAUAGUAGUACGCACAAAAGUUUUUAGCAAAUUAUCGCCUGUCGAAAAAGAAGAACAUAAAACAAAAGUAGAACAAACAUGCCGGAAACUUUUGAAAAGAUUAAGUAAAGCCGGACUUAAUUAUGAAGCGCGACGCGGAGCUGAUGAUCUAAUUUUUAUAUUUGUCUUAUGUCCUUUAGAAAGACUUAAGCAAGAGGUAGAAAGAUCAAGGAUUAAUGAUUGGCUUGCUGGAGUCCGUCUUCGAGAUACUGACGAUCAUGCUGAUUCAGAAACCUUAAAUGAUGCAGAAAGGUUACGACUUGUAUAUGACAUUAUUACCAACUCUCCUCAUGAAAAAGAUGAAAAAGGUGCUGGAAUUAUUCCAGGAUUUAAAGAUUUUGAUCUUGUAGAGAGUAUCCUUCCACUUCAUGAUCAUAAAUAUAAUGAGGAAUGGAUAAAAACUUGGUCUACAAAAUGGGUAAUUAAUAAAGAUGAUCUUUUUCGAUUAAAAAAUCAUUACGGAGAGAAAAUUGCAUAUUACUUUGCAUUCCUCCAAUAUUAUUGUAGAUGGCUUAUAUUACCAUCUAUCGCUGGAUUACUUACAUAUUUUUAUUCGUCCGAAUAUUCAAUCCCAUUUGGAUUAUUUAUUGUACUUUGGUCAAUAAUUUUUAAUGAAUUCUGGCAACGAAAAGAAUAUGAAUUGUCAGUAUUUUGGGGAGUACGAAAUGUAUCCAAAGUUGAAAAACGACGACCAGGUUUUAGAAAGGAAUGUUUGGUCAUUAAUCCUAUAACCGGGGAAAAGGUUCCAUAUUAUCCUCCUUGGAAGAGAUGGUUAAUAAGAACCGCCGCCGCACCUAUUAUUUUAACAUUUAGUUUAGUUUUGGCGAUGGCACUUUUAUUUUAUAUCUUAUUUGAAGUCAUUAUGUCAGAAUAUUAUUCUGGUCCUUUUAGGAAGCAACUAAUAUAUCUUCCUACCAUAACAUAUUGCGCCUUGGUACCAGCAUUAAAUAUAUUUUAUAAUAAGGUUGCGAAACGUUUAAAUGAAUAUGAAAAUUAUGAAACGGAAUCAUCAUAUGAAUUUAAUCUCUCGCAAAAAAUUUUUAUAGCCAAUUUCUUAAUUGGAUAUCUUUCAAUUUUCUUUAUUGGAUGGAUUUAUAUUCCAUUUAAUAAAGAAAUUAGUAUUUACCUUCAAAACUUUUUUGAAAUAUUUGGAUUAUCGUUUACCAUGAAAACUGUUGGACCAGAAAGACUUAUUACAGAAUUGAAAUAUUUUGUAUUGACAGCUCAAAUAUUAAGCUUAUUCAUGGAAUUAGUUUUACCUUAUUUAGUAAGAUUUGGAAUGUUUGAAAUGAAAAAAAUUCAGAAGAUUAUAAUAAAUGAUGGAAAGAAUGAGGGUGAAAAUGAUUUCUUAAAGAUAGUGAAGAAUGAAGUAGAAUUACCUGUUUAUGACAUUUACGAAGAUUAUGUGGAAAUGAUCACACAGUUCGGAUAUGUCAGUCUCUUUUCAGUGAUAUGGCCAUUAACUCCAAUACUUGCACUUAUAAACAAUUGGGUUGAAUUACGUUCUGAUGCUAUAAAAUUAUGUGAACAUACAAGAAGACCAAUUCCUUCUCGAGCAAAUAGUAUAGGACCGUGGCUUCAAAAUUUAGUAAGAUUUACUUCUUUGUCUGGAGUAAUCUUUACCAUUGUACUUAUUUGGUUAUCUGAACAUAUUCUUAAUGUGGUUCGAUAUAUCGUACAUCAAAUGUUACAAGCUAUUCCUACGAAAGCGGAUGAAAUUGUACAAAAAGAAGGAUAUGAAUUAAAGAAACGAUGGUUGGAAAAAGUAGGAACUUUAUCUUUGACACAAAAUGAUGAAUUAAGUAGUGAUAGUGGAUCAAGUAAUGAUGAGAUAUAUGGAGAAACUUUUUCAGUUAAUGAAAAAAGGAGUAAUAAUAAUAAUGAUUAUCAUAUUACGCUUUAA